GUUCGUGCAUGAAAUUCCUGGAUUUAUUUGUUAGACUACUUGUAUUAUUAUGCACAAUCGUCCACAUCGUUAUGAUAUUGGGCAAAAACUGUUGUGUUUCGAACCUGACAGUUCUAAGGCUAAGCUAAUUUAUUUUGCGAAGAUAUUAAAACACAUUUCUCGUAAAGAUACAAAUAUUCCUCACUAUGGGGUUCAUUUUCAUGGUUGGAAAUGUAAGUGGGACCGUGAAGUCCCAGAGGAUUUGCUUCUUGAAAACAAUGAAUUCAAUAGAAUAUUAAAAAGAAAAAUUGACGAAGUUGCCCAGAAUGUAACUGCACUGUUUUAUUAAUACUCUUAUUAAGGUGCGUGGAAGAUAUCAACGUAAACAACGCAUCGAUAUGAUUCUGGAGGGUGCAGCGUUAAGUAAUGAUGAUAUUGAUUGGGAUACAGUUCCCGGCGUUUGGAAAGGAUCCAAAUCAAACAGAUCUUAUCAUAGUUCUGUCUCAAGCGAUAAGAACAAGGGGAAAACAUCGAUCAGUUCAACAUCGUUUGGUGAUAAUACCUCCUACUUAGAUGUAGUUCUUGCAUCGAUACUGGAUAAAGAGGAAAUAACACAAUUACAGUUUGAACAGCUUCAGAUACAUAAACCUUAUAUGGUUUCUUUAGAUCUUCCCCGAAACCUUCGAGCUAUACUGAAAUGUCAUACCGAUGCUAGUGAUUUGGGGAUAGAUGUGUCCAAGACAUUUCCCUAUUGGUGUUCUGUUCUGCAAGUGCUCCAAAAAUAUGUUGAUGGAUUCCCAUAUAGCGAAUUAAAUAUUAAUGCUCUGCUUGGGGGUAACAGUUCUUCAAGUGGGAUUGUUUCAGAUCGUGUUUCACGAAUAAUGAAUCCUUUAUUCUCACAGACUGAUCGAAACCGAUUAAUUUGUGCAGAAGUUUGUUCUAGUCUACGCAUAUUGUUUGAUUUCGCUGUAAGAAGUUAUCUACUACUUCCUAAUGAAAAAUUACGUUUACCAAAUGAUUUCAAUGGUCAUCUGUUUGAAGAUGGUCGAGCAUUCGAUUUGGAUUGUCAUCUUGGACCAAAUGAUAUUCAUUCGGUUUAUCGAUUCUCUUCACCUCGAUAUGAAUUACUUCCGAAUUCGGAAGUGUUAAAAAAUCCUCAAUUACCUUGUUUAAAUUAUCCUCCUUACUACCUUUUAAGAUUGUUUACUAUUCUUCCCACAUUAUUGGAUGGUAUGCAGUUAACAUCUUGUAGACGUGCUAUAAUCCACCGACAUUUGUAUAUGUUUAUUCAUUAUCUUGAUCAUACUUCCAAUUUUUGGUUCAGUAAAUACUGGCCACAUGAGAAGGAUAUAGCUUCAGCGUCAAGUAAAUUAAAGCAAUCAUCUGUUAAUACUACAAUAUCUGAAUCUUCCAGUGAUACAGAACCGUUAACAAUUAUAUCUCAUGAUAAAACAUUACGGCGUACAACACGAAAUACUUCCAAAUAUCAAUUAAAUAUGAAAUCUGAUUUGUCAGAAUUAUCUUCAUCAAUAAAUAAAUCAUCCUAUUCAUCAAAUGUAUCACCUACAGUAACAUCAAAUUCCCAAUCAAUAAUUAGUGUUGAUCUAAAAGAUAUGAAGAAAGAUUCUAACAUGAAUGUAUCAUUGACAAGCACUAUCACAACAACACCUUCAGUAAUCAUGACUUCAACCUCUCCUUCAACAGUAAUAACCGAAACAAAAUCAAAACAUAACUCUGUUGAUUCUCCAUCGUCAAAUGUAAUGUCUCAGUCACAAGUUAAACAAACUCCUCGAUCUGUUUCAUUAAUUAAUGAAAAUAGAAUGAGUGGAAAAUUGAAAAUUGACUAUCACACCACAACAACAGCAAAUACAAUAACUAGUAAUACUGUUAACACUACACAAAGUAGUCUUGACCAAACUGUUCGUAUGACGCGGUCCAUUGCUAUGCGCCUAAACAAAAUGAAUUCUGGUCCUAAUUUACGUUCUCAUUCAUUAAGAGGGAAAUAAUGAAUACAAAUAACAAUAAUAAUAUUCUCCUUUUUGUGUGUUUCAAUGUGUAUACUGCUGAAAUGAAUAUUCUUAUUCUUUUUCCUUUAUUCAAUAUACUUCUUGUAAUAUCCUUCUUCUAGAUAUUUUCUCUGUCAUUAAUAAAAUAACUGUUUAUCAGUUUGAUUGUUAUAAAGAUUUUAGGAAUUCUUCUGUCAGGCACUUGUUUAAAUGUUUUGUAAAUAAAUUCCUGUAAGCAA